AUGUAUGCCGCCUUUAAGAUGCUGGGGUUGAAGCCACGCCACAGCGGAUACGACCUCACGGCACGUGAACCACUAUGUGGAUAUCUUUUUGGCAAUGCUUCUGGCAAUCGCUCACUGGAUGAUGCGCUUGCCACCCUGAGUGGAUUUGAUGCAGCCAUGGAUGAACCAUACAUGCUCCUUUACGAGGAAAUCAUGGCAGCCUUUCCUGAGGCCAAAUUUCUGCUGACGAUUUCCGCGGACUAUGCAUCCAGAAAGGAGACGUGCCUGCAAAACUAUGAGAGACACAUUGAGCGUGUGCAGCAAGUCAUUCCGCCCCAGAAGUUGUUGGUCUACAACUGGUCCGAUGGGCUGUCAGCCACGGUGGUGGUUGGCGCCACGGCGGCCGACAUUUCAAUCACUUCACAGAUGAACAGCUUUACGACCGAAACCCGAGACUGUGCGGAGAUCGACAGCACGUACGAGGGGAGCUACAGCUUGGCAUGCGAAGCGCAAAGCUUGAGCAGCAACACCACGGGCUGCAGCCCAGUGCCUGUGGCCGGCACCACCGUGGAGGCCAGACAGGUGGUGGAAUCCGCGGUUGCCUUCAAUCUGCCGGCGGUCGAAGCCACGGUGGAUGAGAUGCAGGCGGUGAUGGAGCUGCCUGCCACGAAGCGCGCCUACGAGUUGACGCUCUCGGAAAGCCUGGGGGUUCCUCCUGAGGAAAAUCCCAGAUCCCCUAGCUCCCUCGUGCUCCCUGGCUCGGAAGCUCUGCUUCAGGACGUCACCGUGUUCUCCAUUCAAGUUUAUGAUUCCACGGAUGGGGGCCCUGAGGACGAGAUCGAAUGA